UAUUAAUUGUUCAAAAUUCUUCUUCGCAGGUUACAGCUAACGGGGAAGCUCAAUCAGUGGAACUAACCAUUAAACAAAAGCAUGGUAGACUGGCUGAGUCUAACAAGAAAGGUGUUAACAACAAAUGGAGGCAGAUUGCUCAGAGAGCCUUUGGUCAGAAAACAAAGCUUUCUGAAAGUUCUGAUAGUGGCGUUUCACUACAGUCUUCAGAGAAGAGCAAGUCGGUUGAGAACUUUGAGCUGGAAGAACUGACUCUAUUACAGAUCCUGGCUGUUAAAGCCCUAGAACUUAGUGCCCCUGCUAGUGACGUAUUACUCCGAAACAGAAGAAAAAAUUGGAUACAACUCUCUGGUCAUGAAGGAACUCUAGCGCCGGCAGGACCAGGGACGAUCUGGAAGAAAGUAAGUGCCGAUGACAGUGAAGUACAAGCUUAUAAAAAGUUAAUGACAGACAUCACGGCAGACGUGGUUCCCCGAUUCUACAGAGAUGUUGAAUAUAAUGGAGAAAACUUUAUUGAAAUGCAGGAUCUUCUUUAUCAGUUUUCAAGUCCGGCUGUCAUGGACAUCAAAAUGGGAACAAGAACAUUCCUUGAAAGUGAGGUACAGAACAGCAAGGCGAGAUCAGAUCUGUACCAGAAGAUGGUUAAAAUCGAUCCUAACGCUCCUACGCCAGAGGAGAGAGAAUCUGGAACUGUUACCAAACUGAGAUACAUGCAGUUUCGGGAAAAUCUCAGUUCUUCGUCAAUCCUAGGAUUUAGAAUCGAAGGUUUUAAGGCUCAACAAAAGACUCAGACCAAAGAUCUCAAACUAGUAAAAACCCGAGAUGACGUCAAGACUACUAUGAAGUUAUUCUUCAGCGGUCAUGAAACUGUAUGUGGUCAAAUUAUAAAGAGACUGAGAUCCAUACGAAAGAAGUUUGAACAGUCUUCCUUCUUCCAGAGUCAUGAGGUAAGUUAG